AUGGCACCGCCCCGAUUUUGUUUCACCUUAUAUAAUGUUGGGCCUACAGAAUAUUUGCUUGAGCGUCAAAAACUUUUAUUGCCAGCGAAAUCAACAUUAUAUAGAGCUUUUGGAAGUGAUGUAAACAUCUGGAAACAACUUGUCCUUUCAGAGUCCCCUGAAAUACCAAUCUUACAAAAAUUUCUGAAAUUUUAUGAUAAUUUAAGCUCUAAAUCUUCGUUCACUAUAGGCAUAGAUGCUAUUUCUGGAAAACUCUGGAAAGAGAACACAAAUAGCAAAAAGAUUCAAGAUCUUUUUGCUAUUUAUUUAAUGCCACUCAACUUUGAAGGCCCAAAUGUAUGUGUCCAUAUUAUAGAAAAUACAAAUGGGCGUGCAGCAUCGGUUUUGGAAAAAAUAUUAAAUUAUAUUGAAUUACUUCAAAGGAAAACUCAGGUUCCUUUUGUCACAACAGAUGGAGAUAAGUCAUAUGAUGCUAUUUAUAUUGUAUAUUUCAAUCAUUGGUUCUUUUUGAUAACAGAUUUCAACGGAUUAGUCAAUGAAAUGAGAAAUGCAAAAUAUAAGGAUAUACAUAUAAUAUUUAUUGCAGAUGUCGUUCAUAUCGGAAAGAAUUUAAGAACGCUUAUUGUUUUUGAUGGAAAAUUGAUAUUGAUGCAACCGUAUGAUCCGACAAGGCAUGUCGAUAUAGAGAAAAUUAGACAGUAUUGCCACAUAGGUGACGCAAUUAAUAAUAAAGAUAAAUCAUCAAAGCUAAACGAUAAGUAUCCAGUGACACUUUUUAAUGUCAAUAAUGUGUGGGAACUGCUCAAGCAUGGAUGCUUUGAAGAAGGUGUUUGGCUUCUCCCAUUGACUCUUUGGUUUGAAGCAAUCAGAAAUCUUCAGUUGCCUGUAGAAGCACGUAUGUCUAUGAUCAAGCUUGCAUUUUACAUUUUGCAGUUUUAUCUUAGACUCGCUCAUGCACUUAAGAUCUCAGACCGCUUGAAAGAUGUGGUUAAUAACGAUGGCACAAUCAAAUUCAAAGCGUAUUUCUUCUCCCGAAUUAUACAUAUGAAGAAGAUGGCGACAUCUUUAUUAAUCAUUUACGGCAUUUUAGAUCAGGAUCCAAGUAUUAACUUUCAACAUAUUACCACAUUGCCGGUUGAACACCUCUUUGCUUUAUUUAGAAAAUUUGCAAAAGCCAAAAAGGAAGUAAAUGACUUAAUGAGUGCAUGUGCUCAUCAAUUAAUGACUGAGUAUUAUAAUCUCGGUCACUUUAAUAGAUUAGUCAAACAAACUAUCCUUGACCAAUCUGGCGCAGAUUUACAAAAAAUUAAUGUCAUCAGCGAAGAACAAUGGCCCAAAUACAUCUUUACAGACGAUGAAAUUGAGCAGAUCACAACCGAUCUUUUAUACAGUGUCGGCUGGACUGAAGAUGAUGUCUUAUC